AUGAUGAAUGAAAAAGAGUAAUUAAUUAAAAAGUAAUAACAUGAAUUAGAGAAUAUAUUAAAAUAAAAUGAAGAAAUGUCAAAAGAAUUUAAUUAAUUAGUUUAGGUUCAUUAAUAAUUUGGAGCAUUGAAUGAAAAACAUUAAUAAUUUUAAUAAAAAUAUGAAUUAUUAUAGAGGGAGUAUCAGUAAAGAAACAAAGAAUUUUAAGAGGCCUCUUAAUAAAUUGAAUUUUGUUUAUAAGAAAUUUAAUAAUUAAAAUAAACAAAUAAUGAACUAUAAAAUGAAAGAUAAUAAAUAUUAGAAGAACUUGAUGUUUUAUAGUAAUUUAAAUAUGAAUCAGAAAAAGCUAUUGAACAAUUAAAAUUUGAUAAUAAUGAAUUAUCAUUAUUAUUACAAGAGAGAUAAGAAUUAAGUGGUAAAUAUCAUGCUUUGGAAAUCAAAUUUUAAGCAGAUAUAGAAUAUUAUGAAAAGUAAAAUUAUAUAAUAAUAUAACUAGAACAAUAAAAGAUAUGAAUGAAAAGUUGGAAUUAUCUUAAAAUACAUCUCCAAAUAUUGCUUUGGAAGAAAGGAGACUAGUUGAAUUACAUAAGAUUUACGAAAAACUUGAUAGAUUGUUAUUUCAUUUAACAUCAAAAAUUUCAAAUGAAAAACCAUCUUUUAAGGUUGAUGUGGUAAUUUCAUAGUUAUCAGGAUCAAUUGAAUAAAUUGAAAAGUAUUUCAAAUUAUCAAGUAAUCGAUCCCAAUAGGAUAAAUUUUAAAAUUCUUAAGGAUCAUUGAUAAAUGAUCAUAAUAAAAUAAGUACAAUGAGGCCAUCUGAUGCAGAAAUAUUCAAAAGUAAUGACAUAACAAAUAUAAAAUAAAUCUAAACUUAAUAAACUGUUGCAAAAAGAAAAUAUUUUUUAUGA